AUGGCGUGCGCCCGCGGCUCCCCGUGCCUCCCACUGCUGCCCGGUAGGAUGUCCUGGCCCCAUGGGGCCCUGCUCUUCCUCUGGCUCUUCUCCCCACCCCUGGGGGCCGGCGGGGGCGGCGUGGCCAUGACAUUGGCGGCUGGAGGGGGCUCCCCGCCGGCUGCCUCCUGCCCCGCGGCCUGCUCCUGUAGCAACCAGGCCAGCCGGGUGAUCUGCACGCGGAGGGAGCUGGCAGAGGUCCCGGCCGGCGUCCCUGUCAACACGCGGUACCUGAACCUGCAGGAGAAUGGCAUCCAGGUGAUCCGCACCGACACGUUCAAGCACCUGCGGCACCUGGAGAUCCUGCAGCUGAGCAAGAACCUGGUGCGCAAGAUCGAGGUGGGCGCCUUCAACGGGCUGCCCAGCCUCAACACACUGGAGCUGUUCGACAACCGGCUCACGACGGUGCCCACGCAGGCCUUCGAGUACCUGUCCAAGCUGCGGGAGCUCUGGCUGCGCAACAACCCCAUCGAGAGCAUCCCCUCGUACGCCUUCAACCGCGUGCCGUCCCUGCGGCGCCUGGACCUGGGCGAGCUCAAGCGGCUGGAGUACAUCUCGGAGGCGGCCUUCGAGGGCCUGGUCAACCUGCGCUACCUCAACCUGGGCAUGUGCAACCUCAAGGACAUCCCCAACCUGACGGCCCUGGUGCGCCUGGAGGAGCUGGAGCUGUCGGGCAACCGGCUGGACCUGAUCCGCCCGGGCUCCUUCCAGGGCCUCACCAGCCUGCGCAAGCUGUGGCUCAUGCACGCCCAGGUGGCCACCAUCGAGCGCAACGCCUUCGACGACCUCAAGUCGCUGGAGGAGCUCAACCUGUCCCACAACAACCUGAUGUCGCUGCCCCACGACCUCUUCACGCCCCUGCACCGCCUGGAGCGCGUCCACCUCAACCAUAACCCCUGGCACUGCAACUGCGACGUGCUCUGGCUGAGCUGGUGGCUCAAGGAGACGGUGCCCAGCAACACGACGUGCUGCGCCCGCUGCCACGCGCCCGCCGGCCUCAAGGGCCGCUAUAUCGGCGAGCUGGACCAGUCGCACUUCACCUGCUACGCGCCGGUCAUCGUGGAGCCGCCCACGGACCUGAACGUCACCGAGGGCAUGGCGGCCGAGCUCAAGUGCCGCACGGGCACCUCCAUGACCUCCGUCAACUGGCUGACGCCCAACGGCACCCUCAUGACCCACGGCUCCUACCGCGUGCGCAUCUCCGUCCUGCACGACGGCACGCUCAACUUCACCAACGUCACGGUGCAGGACACGGGCCAGUACACGUGCAUGGUGACGAACUCGGCCGGCAACACCACCGCCUCCGCCACGCUCAACGUCUCGGCCGUGGACCCGGUGGCUGCCGGCGGUGCUGGCGGCGGGGGCGGCCCGGGCGGCCCGGGCGGCGGCGGGGGCGGCAGCGGCGGCUACACCUACUUCACCACCGUGACCGUGGAGACCCUGGAGACGCAGCCGGGAGAGGAGACCCUGCAGCCGCGGGGGACGGAGAAGGAGCCCCCGGGGCCCACGACGGACGGUGUCUGGGGCGGGGGCCGGCCCGGGGACGCCGCCGGCCCCGCCUCGUCGUCCACCACGGCACCCGCCCCGCGCUCCUCGCGGCCCACGGAGAAGGCGUUCACGGUGCCCAUCACGGACGUGACGGAGAACGCCCUCAAGGACCUGGACGACGUCAUGAAGACCACCAAGAUCAUCAUCGGCUGCUUCGUGGCCAUCACGUUCAUGGCCGCCGUGAUGCUCGUGGCCUUCUACAAGCUGCGCAAGCAGCACCAGCUCCACAAGCACCACGGGCCCACGCGCACCGUGGAGAUCAUCAACGUGGAGGACGAGCUGCCUGCCGCCUCGGCCGUGUCCGUGGCCGCCGCCGCCGCCGUGGCCGGCGCGGGGGGCGUCGGCGGGGACAGCCACCUGGCCCUGCCCGCCCUGGAGCGCGACCACCUCAACCACCACCACUACGUGGCGGCCGCCUUCAAGGCGCACUACAGCGGCAACCCCAGCGGCGGGGGCUGCGGGGGCAAGGGCCCCCCAGGGCUCAACUCCAUCCACGAACCUCUGCUCUUCAAGAGUGGCUCCAAGGAGAACGUGCAAGAGACGCAGAUCUGA